AAUAAAAAAUAAAAAAUGGAUCCCGAUGCAUUUUCGGCUGGGCUUUUCAAGUGGGAUCCAAGGGCGGCGGCCCUCCAGAACCGGCUGCUGGAGGCGGUGGUGCCGCCGGCUCCGGCGCCGGCGCCGGCAUACCCUGUGAGGCCACGGGAGCUUGGGGGCCUGGAGGAGCUGUUCCAGGCGUACGGGAUAAGGUACCUGACGGCGGCCAAGAUAGCUGAGCUGGGUUUCACGGUGAAUACGCUGGUGGACAUGCGGGACGAGGAGCUUGACGAGAUGAUGAACAGCCUCUGCCACAUCUUCAGGUGGGACCUUCUCGUCGGCGAGAGGUAUGGUAUCAAGGCCGCCGUCAGGGCUGAGCGCCGCCGCCAGGACGAGGAGGAGGCAAGGCGCCGCCACCUGCUCUCCGUUGACACCGCGCAUGCACUCGACGCGCUGUCUCAGGAAGGGUUAUCGGAGGAGCCGGUGCAGCAGGACAAGGAGGCGGCCGGGAGUGGCGGCGGAGGGGUGUGGGAGAUGGUGGUUGCCGGCGGCCGGAAACAACCGCAGAGGCGGAGGAAGAGCAGCAAAGGGCGGUCGAGAAUGUCGGCUAACUCCAUGGAAGAGGAUGACGAUGAUGACGAUGAGACCGAGGGAGGGGAUGACGACGAGAAUUACGGCGGCGGAGGCGGCGGCGGUGAGCGGCAGAGGGAGCACCCGUUCAUCGUGACGGAGCCUGGCGAGGUGGCGCGUGGGAAAAAGAACGGUCUCGAUUACCUCUUUCAUCUCUACGAACAGUGCCGCGAGUUCUUGAUUCAAGUGCAGAACAUUGCAAAGGAGAGAGGAGAAAAGUGCCCCACUAAGGUGACGAAUCAGGUGUUUAGGUAUGCAAAGAAGGCUGGUGCCAACUACAUCAACAAGCCCAAGAUGCGGCACUACGUACACUGCUAUGCGCUCCACUGCCUGGAUGAGGAGACCUCAAACGCCCUCCGUAGGGCUUUCAAGGAGAGGGGCGAAAAUGUGGGCGCCUGGCGGCAAGCUUGCUACAAACCGCUUGUCGCCGUGGCUGCCAGGCAAGGAUGGGACAUCGACGCCAUUUUCAAUGCCCAUCCACGCCUCUGCGUGUGGUACGUCCCCACCAAGCUCCGCCAGCUUUGCCAUGCGGAGAGGAGCAGUGCCACCGCCGCCUCAAGCUCCAUCACUGGCGGUGGGAUUGUUGAUCAUAUGCCGUAUUAGUGUAUGUGUUUGUCGUGUGUGUGGACUUUAUUUGGUAGCAUUUUCUCUUCAGUUUUUUUAGUGUGAAGGAACCAUUUUAUUCUUUACUUGUUGGUAAUGAUGGUAUGUGGUGCUAGUUUCAGUUUUCAUAUUUGGUGAUGAUGAUAUUUGGUUCUUGUUUAUGUUUUCAUGUUUGGUUGGGACAAGGCAAAAUCAUGAGCUAGGUCAGUCUAG